GCAGAGCUCUCAUUUUCCAACCAAUCCGCGCAUCCGGGCUUCCUGGGUGUGCUGCAAGGUCACAAGCGUGCCAUCUAUGCACUCGCCAUCUCGUCCGAAGGUCUCCUGGCGUCCGGGGACAAGGAGGGUGCGAUCUAUGUUUGGAACCUCACCUCUACUGCUGCGCUACCUACGCGGCCGUGGAGGAG